CGCGCACGCACCCUAACCUAACACGACGCGUUUUUCGUGGAGGCCACAACAUUUUUACCAUACCACCGCCGCCGCCGUCACCACCGCCGCCGCCACCAGACGAACCAGCAGAACGACGAAAACGUGCAUCAGGCCUCGGUGCAGUACACGAACGCACAUAUUCGCGCGCGCACGCAACUCACGAGUACCUCGCACGCGCACCACCAUACAUUUUUCAAUACAUUUAUAGUGUUUAACUGUGACUUCAAUGCGUCAUACAUAAAUACACAAUAUUAUCGCGACCGUGACUUUUAAUACAUUAUUUAAUUACUGUGACACGAGUGUGUAUCCGACGGACCUUUUUUUUAUUCUCUUCGCUUCCACCGCCAUAAAGUUGAGCGGGCACCAUAACGGACGACCGUUAAUACUAUUAACAACAUUAUAUCGGGUGCUGAUUGCGUCGAACCUGCACCGAAAUGAGUGAAAACAAUACCGAAAACAAUCAACUCUCGACGGCGCCUUCCAACGGUGUACACUCCGAGGACGAUACAGUUAAAUCCAAAUUUUAUCACCUCAAAGAUUCCGUGGAAACAAAUGAAAAACCGAACAAAAAUGGAAAUGAUAGUCUCUCAUCCAAUGAUGCUGAAAACUUAAGACCGGAAAAUGAAGAACUACCUGAAGGUGUUCGCCAAGGGAUCUGCAAAUGGUUUAACUCAAAAAAAGGAUUCGGAUUUGUUACUCCUGACGACGGUGGUAAAGAUGUUUUUGUUCAUCAGAGAGUAAUUAAAAAAGACGGAUUUAGAUCUCUUAGGGAGAACGAACACGUGGAGUUUACAUGUCAUGAAUCAGAUAAGGGUUUAGAAGCUACUCUUGUAACUGGACCAAGGGGUCAAUAUUGUAAGGGAUCAAAAAAAGUAUUUCCUCAAAAAAAAUUGAGAUGUUACAACUGUGGAGAUUUUGCCAAUCAUAUUGCUGCCAAAUGCACAUUGAGUCCUCAGCCAAAACGCUGUCAUAGUUGUAAGGAUCCAAACCACCUUAUAGCUGAUUGCACUCAGAUUCAGAGCAAAGAGCCUGUGAUUAAUAAGUUCAUCAAAAAUCCGCGAAAAAAAUCAGAACGACAGAAGCCAAGACCAAAGUCAAAAACUGAAGAUGGUAGUGUUGAUGAACAGCAAUCGACUAUUUUACCCAAUCAGAAUGGAGAUGAAAUUAAUGACAAACAAGAUUAAGAUAAUUGAGUACAAAAAGACUAAUAAAAUAUCAUUUAUAAUAAUAAUUAAUUUAAAUUGCAUGGAAAAGCAAUAUUUUUUUUAAACAUUGGAGUUUUAAGAUAUCUAUUCCUUAAAAAAGACUUUAUAUAGGUAUCAUUUUGUAAACUAUUUUUUCUAAAAUAAAUUUUUAAUGUUGGUAAAA